AUGUCGUUGAAAUUUCCAUCAUUUAGCUUGCAGUCAAUCCAAGAUUCACUUCCAACAGUGGAUCAGGUGAAAGAAUCAUUCUCUAAAGUGAAUGCGGGAAAAACGGUAGAUCACUUCAAAGAGUCAAUUCAACCAUUCGCCAACAAGACGACUCUGUUGAUAUCGACACAGUUGCAACAGCUUCAGCAUUUAGCUGAUCCAGAUCCAAAUGUUGAAGUAAGUCAACUUCCAGCUGAUUAUCUCGAGUUAGAAAAAAACUGUGAUUUACUCUUGAAUUUGUAUACUGAUUUAAUUCAAUUUUCUAAUGACACUUAUGCCAAGGUGAGUUAUGAUUACCCCCCUGGUAACUACGCAUUGGCCAAAAUUAGGGACUCGAACGUCGGGGGCAUCUUGGGAUCGAAGUUUCACCAAUUGAAAAAUGUCUCAUCUCCUCAAGAGCUCGAGAAGAUUUUAGUUGGAGGAUCAGAGGAAGAGAACGUAAACAUACAGACCACUUCUGCUAAGAUUCCAAAAACAUUAUAUGGUCAUCUUUCCCUGGUUGCCGAGAAAUAUAGUAACGAGCUUCAAGCAACUUCGAGCCCUCUAUCUUUGGCAUUACUAAAGCUCAGCUCAAGCUAUUUAGAAAUCGCAAGUGCCAGACUAGAUAUGGAUAAGAAGAUAACGGAUAAUUUUGCAGGAGAGCUUCUUAAUAUAUUGAAUGAACAGUUCAUCAAGGUCAAUGAAUUACGGAAGAAAGUUUACAGUGAUCGUGCUGACUUCGACAAUCUAAGAGCAAGAUAUGGCGAGGAUGAAGAGAACGAAAAUCUUAUUGCGAAGGAAGAUGAACUCGUUAGUGCAACUGAACUAGCAGUUUCAGAAAUGAAGAAGCUUUUGAAGCCCUCGAAGAAUGUUUCACUUUUGAAAGUAUUCAUUGACGCACAGAGAGAAUGGUUUGAAGUUUCUGCUAAAAAGCUAGCUGAUUUACUGAAGAGCAUAGAUGCUAUCGAAUUCAAUGAUGAAGAGGACGACGAUGAAUAG